GAGAGAGAGAGAGAAGAACACGUUAGAGAAUAUUAGACGUACUUUUUAACCUUAUUAUUCAGUUCUUGUUGAGAAUUCACUGCUUCUAUUCGAUUGCUUCAAUUCUUGGCGACUCAUUAGUCAGUACCCCAAAUUCUAACCAACUAAAAUCGAUUGCAGGCACAAAGUAGAUCUUGGGAGGAAGAGGGGCGAUAAUAUCUAACCGAAUUCCAAUUGAAUUUUAACUUUUCAUACGCUUGAGGAGCAGCUAUGAUGGGGGUGGUAAGCAAAUUCUUCAUUGCAUCCAUGCUUAUGUGGGUAGCUCCUGUUGCAAUUUUAUAUGGAUUCAACCACAAUUUAUUCCCUGGUUGCAGUGGAUUGUCCCCUGAGGCGAUGACAGUGUGGAGUGGAAUCCUGGCGGUGAUAUCUGUGAAUGUAGUUAUAGUAUUCUACAUUUACUCAGCCAUGAAGGAGCCCUCAGACAAACAUGUACCGGAUCCUAAAUUCUUAGCAGAUGCAAAGGCUAGCAUAAAGCAGCCUGUUCCAACUGAACUCGACUCCUCAUCGGAUCGUUCAAAACAAGAAUAGUUGUGAUGUUAACUAAACACUAUUCCGUGGGCUGUAAAGAACGAAAUUGAUAAUGAGCAUAAGCCCCUCCUCACAUGAGCAUAUGGAUCUCCUAUAUUUUCGCCUUUCUUAAAAGUCAUACUUCACUUCGAGGAAGUUUUGAUUGGAGAGUUUGUGAUAGAGCACAACGUAGGUACAUUGUGUAGAAUUUGGUGUCAGUUUUCCUUUUCAAGAAUUUUGAUUGAUUAUUAUUGGUGUUAAAAAACCCAUCUUUUUAUUUUAUUGUUUACUAAUCUCAUUAAUUUA